AUGGCCACUCACAAGAUGAACUUCUUCGAGAAAAUAGCUAAUAUGCUUGGCCAUUUAUACCGUCAUCAGGCCAACCAGUUCCCUCGUCGAUGGGAAAUCCUCAAGGCUGUUGGAAAACACGAACUUGCGCCACCGAAAACUACAGAUUGGCCAGCUAUUAAGGCGGAUUGGAAGAAGGUUGUACAGUUCAUCCAGACUAAACAGUACAAGCAGCUUACUGUUCGGGAGGGUCUCGUUUAUACAGCCGUUGGAAUGGAAAUCAUUUUUUGGUUCUUCGUAGGGGAAAUGAUCGGACGUCGAAACAUCCCUGGCUACUUGGUGCCGGCUGACUAUGUUUCUAAGGAGACACGCAGGAAGGUCAAGGCGCUGGAAGCAGAAGAAAGAGAAAAGGCGGCUCUUCACUGA